GAAUCAUUUGGACUUUAAUCUGAUUUACUUCACUUCCAGACUACAAGCAAUAUAGAGCGGAUGGGGUCUUGGAAUGCUGCGGCUGUAAUUUGGAAUAGGAAUGACCAGUGGAAUUCCAGAGAGAAGUCUCCAUAUAAUAAUACAAAGUUGGAAGAAAAACAAACAGCAAUAUUUUAUAAGCGUAUGAGCACAGACUAUUUAACAAAAGUGAGAAGUGAUGGAACAAACUCUGGACUUUGAAUAUGACUGUAUUACUGAGGAAGAGGUGUCAGAAAUCAGACAUGCUCUAGAGUCAGGAGACCUGACUGAAGCAGCAACUAAAAUUCUGGAAAACUUGGAACAGCUGGAUAAUGUAAAACUUGACAUUGCCAUAACUGGGGAGUCAGGCUCAGGAAAGUCAACUUUUGUCAAUGUUCUAAGGGGUAUUGAGGAUGAUGAUGAAGAAGAUGCAGCAGCAACAGGAGUAACAGAAACAACCAUGGUAGCAACUCAGUAUCCACAUCCAAAGCACCCAAAUGUGAGUUUGUGGGACCUUCCAGGCAUUGGAACUCCCAACUUUAGUGCUGAAAAAUACUUACAGCAAGUAAACUUUGAGAUAUAUGAUUUCUUUAUCAUAAUUGCAUCAGAACGUUUUAAAUCAAAUCAUGCUAAACUUGCAAUAGAAAUACAGAAAAUGGGUAAGAGCUUCUACUUUCUGAGAUCCAAAGUUGAUUCUGACUUGGAUGCAUCCAAGAAACGUCGAAAAUCAACCUAUAAUGAGGAGAAAAUACUGAAUCAGAUAAGAGAGAACUGUAUUCAAAGUUUGAAGACAGAAUGUAUAGAUUCUCCAAAUGUGUUUCUCAUCAGUAGCUUUGAUCUUACUUUGUUUGAUUUCCAAGCUUUUGAGGAAAAACUUGAGAGAGAGCUUCCAAGUCAUAAAAAGCAUGCCUUUCUGUUAGCUCUUCCCAAUAUGUCACUGGAAAUUUUGAAAAAGAAGAAAGAACUAAUGAUGAGUGAGAUAUGGAAGUUAGCUUUUACUUCUUGUUGUGCUGCAGCUGUUCCUUUGCCUGGGUUAUCAGUUGUAUGUGACACUGCAAUUCUGAUAAAAACACUGACUUCCUACCGUGACAACUUUGGGCUUGAUGAGCAGUCACUGCAGAAACUGGCUGAAAAGGUUGAUAAACCUGUGGAAGACCUACAGGCUGUUAUAAAGUCCCCACUGGUUAAGGAGAUCUCCUAUGACAUAAUAUAUAAAGUGCUGACGAAAGCUGUUGGUGGUGGUGUCAUGCUAGCCGAGUACAUACUCAGUACCAUACCAGUGUUUGGCUCAUUAACUGCUGGUGCCAUCUCUUAUACUUCCACAUCUUGGUUGUUGAAAAGCUUCUUGGAAGAGCUGUCCCAAGAUGCCAAAAAUGUGCUAAUCAAAGCUCUUGAAACAUCUGUCUAGUGUGAGUAAUGAGCAAAGAAAAGCAAAGUAGCAUCCAAGAAUGCCUAUUAAUGUUAUCAGUAGCUAUUUGAUGAUAUAGCGCUUUUAAACCCCCCCCCCCCCAAAAUGUUUCAUUAAAAAUGAGAGGCAGGCAUUCAAUACUGAAUUAGUUUUUGAAGCAAAGAAGUUUACAUUCUAAAUAAAUUUGAAAUUGAAUUUGUA